AUGCCGCCAUCGCCUCCCGCAAACCCCGACCCUGAUGACGUGGUGGAGGGCACUGGAGGCUCGCAACUUGUCAGUCAAGAGCUGUGGAGCAUCGAUCUAUCCGGAUGCCGUGCACUUGUUGUGGAGUGGAGACUUCCCAUUUUUCGUUGA